AUGCACGCCCCCUCACACUGCCUGUCGUUGGCGAUAUUGCUGUUCCUGCAGCUCUGUCCACCGUGCCAAUGCUCCAUAUCAGCCCCACUCGAUCACAAGCCCCUGCUCUCCUUCAACAGCACAUGGGAGAUUCUUGGGCCGUUCCAGAUAGGCACACGAGAGGCCACUUGGGGUGCGGAUCCUCUUGAAUUUGAAGGUGGAUUCAGGAACCUCGAGUAUGACUCCCAGGCAUCUUUCCGGAGUUCUCUUCCGACAACUGGCACCGCUCAUUGGAACCUGACAACCGCGAAGACCCUCAGUGGCUCGGCUUCAGCCAAUGCUUCUCUCAGUAUAAGCUAUUCCAAUGUAGACUGGGAUUUCCUUAAGACCAUUUAUGGAUGGGCCUCGGUCCAGUAUCAGACUUGGGCUCGAGGGGAGCUGAUAGUCGGCGGCGAGGACACCCAACAUAUCAUCCUUCAUACCGAUGCGAUCCUGGAGUGUUGGAUCAAUGACACACACUACUUUGGCGGCGACUAUUACAGCUAUCGUAAUGCUCCACCUGUACUGCACCUUGGCCCUGGAAAUCACCGCAUUGACCUACGACUGGCACGCGACGCUAGAGCUUUUGGAGGCAUCCUUGAGCCCAUCACCGGCGUUGUUGUGGCUGUUGAGCAGGUUACCGGCAACCUCAACCUAGCCAAGCCUGGGAUCCUUAUGUCAGAUGUCAUCGAUGGCGAGCUCGCAACCCCUCAUGGUUCGGUUACGUUGCGCAACAGCGGUACUCAGGAUAUUGAGAUCACUGGAAUCCAUGCCGCAAAUGUCAGCACCAGUGCUAGCACCUCCUAUUCUCUAUUGGGAUUGGAUACGGGCAGUCAAAUGCCUAUAGCACGAGGUGCUAACGAUCUGGCGCCUGAACAGGUCACUGACGAUAACGCUGAGAGUGCUCACGAGCCUAGUAUAGUCAUUGUCGCAGGACAGACUAGACCCGUGGCGUUCAACAUCACGUUACCUUCUCACAACGCUUCGUCACUCGCAUAUAACAUCACAUACAGGACUGUUGGCAGCAACAAGCAGUCGAAUCUCGAAGUCACUCAAGACCUCAACUAUGUAUCGGUUUACGAUCCUCACAAAAUCACGUUCUUACAUCCAGGCGGCAUGGUGUCUUAUGCUAUGCUUCGACCGCCAGCUAAGAACGCCAGCUGCCGACAUGAGCAAAAAAGACUGCCUGUAUUGCUGGCCAUGCACGGAGCAGGUCUAGAGGCCGACAACCCUAUGGUUCCUGGGGCUUUGAGACCCGUUUCUGACCUGUGUUCCUGGACCGUCUUCCCUACGGGCGUAACACCCUGGUCAGGCGACGACUGGCACAAUUGGGGUUUCGCCGAUGUAGAGGCCGCUAUCGAAGCUAUACCUGGCUGGAUCCUGUACGGCAACUGGUCGGGGCCAGGUGUUGACACAAAUCGCUGGAUCGUUUCUGGACACUCAAACGGUGGUCAAGGCACUUGGUACGCGUUGACCCAUCGUCCUGAUAAAGUACUUGCUGCUGCCCCUGUCUCUGGUUAUGCAAGCAUCCAGAAGUACGUACCUUAUGAGUUUUGGCAGCCUGCCGACCCUAGACGAACGUCAGUCGUUAGCGCAUCUCUGAAUAGCUAUCGGCACGAGAUGCUUAUGGCCAAUGCCCAGGGAAUUCCUAUUCGACAGCAGCACGGCGAAGUCGAUGACAAUGUGCCAGCGUACCACUCGCGAUUCCUGUCCCAACAACUCCGGCUGGCAGGCGCUAACUCGAGCUACAACGAAGUGCCAGAUCAGAACCACUACUGGGACGGCGUCAUGACAACGCCACCCUUAGUCGAUUUCUACUACAACUUUACUAGGAGUACAGAGGAGUUACCUCGUGAGCUAGAUGAGUUCAACAUCGUGGUCGGCGAUCCUGGUGACAUGGGUAGUAAGGGUGGAGUCAGGGUCACGCAGCUCGAAGAUCCUGGGCAGUAUGGCAGAGUGCACGUACGAGGUCGUAGGGUGAAGACAUCGAACGUGUUGGGCAUUGAAUUUGGUCAUCCAUUCUGGACAGACACUGUCGUUGUUGACGGUCAAACACUGGACCUUGCGGGCGCCGCUGCAAACACUGGCUCUACUAUCCAAGCGCGUCUGUCAGGUAACAGCUGGGUCAUCAAUACAGUCGGCACGACAGAUGAGUCAACCGACAGACGAGGUCGCCAGCUGGGUUCGAUGACGGCUAUUCUACGCACCCACGGUCCCAUCAUCAUCAAGCACCCUGGAACAGUCCAUGCCUCACACCUCGCCCUUCAGGUAUCGCGCAACCUGUAUCAGUACUUCCACGCCGACACCGUUAUCUUAAGCGACAUUGCAGACACUGCAUCUGCGAACGCCACUGGCAAUGUCAUUCACCUCUCUAUCGGUGAUGGGCUCACAAGCGCUGAUCCAGACUUUCCCAUCCAGGCGUCUACAUCAGGUGCUUCACUUCGAGACAGCCGCGGGCGAGAGCAACUAUACGACAAUUCGCAAGGUGCUGCGUGGUUGCGACCAUUGGAUGGCGAAAGGCUGGAGCUAGUGCUCUGGGGAGCUGACGAAGAGGGGCUUAGGCAAGCUGCCAGGUUGGUGCCCAUGCUCACGGGCGUAGGUCAGCCAGACUUCGUUAUACUUGGUGAGGAGACGAAGUGGAAGGGCAUCGAAGGUGCACUGGCGCUGGGCUUCUUCAACUCGCAGUGGCAGGUCACUGCAUCUAGCUUCGUAUCGUGA